AUGGCGCAUAAAUCAGGACUCACCUCUUCACCGCCUCCACCCAUCCUCGUCUCAGAGUCGGUUCCUGAGAAGCAGUGGGAAAAUGCCACCUGGCUGGUGACGGAGUUCAUGGUGGUGGGUUUCUCCACCUUCCCAGGCCUGAGGAUCACCCUCUUUGCACUGUUCUUCCUCACAUACUUGGUUACCCUGAGUGGCAAUGUCACCAUCAUCACCAUCACACAUGCGGAUCGGACCCUUCACACUCCCAUGUACCGCUUCCUGGCCGCGCUGUCCCUCUCUGAGACCUGCUACACGCUGGUCACCAUCCCCAAUAUGCUGGCUCAUCUGCUCAUGAAGAGUGGAGCUAUCUCCAUCCCUGGCUAUUGGGCUCAGAUGUUCUUCUUCCUGGGCCUGGGAUGCAGCUGUUGCUUCCUCCGUACCCUGAUGGGUUACUACCGCUACGUUGCCAUCUGUCAUCCCCUGCGUUAUUGGGUGAUCAUGAGACCCACAGUUUGCCUCUACCUGGGAGCCCUGGUUUUCUGCUUCGGGUCCUCGGUGGCCUUGAUCGAGGCCAGCCUGAUCUUCUCCUCGCCCUUCUGCCACAGCGACAGCGUGGAGCACUUCUUCUGCGACAUCACCCCGGUCCUGAAGCUCAGCUGCGCGGGGAGUGCCAGCAAAGCGCUGGCCAUCUUCUUCCUGAGUAUCUUCGUGGUGCUGGUCUCCUUCCUACUCAUCCUCCUCUCCUACACCUUCACUGUGGCCGCCCUCCUGAGGAUCCCCUCAGCAGCCGGCCGGCCCAAGGCCUUCUCCACCUGUGUGGCCCACCUCAUUGUGCAUUUUGUGCCUCAUUGGGCCUCCAUCAUCGACCUGAGGCCUGAGUCCAGAGGAAACCCGGACCAGGACCGCCUGGUGGCUGUGCUCUACACGGUGGUGACACCGCUGCUGACCCCGGUGGUAUACACUGCACAACAAAGAUGUGAGGGUGGCAUCGAGGAGGACCCUGGAGCGAAGCCGCGGAGUUUUAAAAAUAAACACUCGUCCUAA